CUUCUCUGAAUCUGUUUGUGAGGAUCAGAUCCCUAGUUUGGUGAGUGAAUCCUGACCACCCCUGUCCCUGGCCUGCCUUAUUCUUCUCCAAGGUAUCAGGACUUCUCCAUUGGUGUCUGAAGCUGAGGGAUCUGUGAGCAAGAAGAGCCUCAGAAGUCAAGACAGGUAGGACACAGGAGCAGCUGUGAUGGCUUCAGGAAUCUUGGUGGGCAUAAAGCAGGAGGUGUCCUGCCCCAUCUGCCUGGAACUCCUGACAGAACCCCUGACCCUAGACUGUGGCCACAGCUUCUGCCAAGCCUGCAUCACUGCAAACCACAAAGAGUCCAAGAUAGUCCAAGAAAGAGAGAGCAGCUGCCCUGUGUGCAGAAUCAGUUACCAGUUUGACAACCUGCGACCUAAUCGGCACUUGGCCAACAUAGCAGAGAGACUCAGGGAGGUCAACUUGAGCCCAGAGAAGGAGCAGAAGAGAGAUCUCUGUGUGCGCCAUGAAGAGAAACUCCUGCUCUUCUGUAAGGAGGAUGGAAAGGUCAUUUGCUGGCUUUGUGAGAGGUCUCAGGAGCACCGUGGUCACCACGCAUUCCUCAUGGAGGAGGUUGCCCAGGAAUAUCAGGAGAAGCUCCAGGCAGUUCUGCAAAGGCUGAGGGACAAGCAGCAGGAAGCUGAAAAGUUGAAAGCUGAUGUCAGAGAAAAGAGAUCUUCCUUGAAGAAUCAAAUAGAAAAUGAGAGACAACGUGUCCAGGCAGAGUUUAAUCAAAUAAGAGGUAUCCUGGACUGUGAGGAGCAGAAGGAGCUGCUAAACAUGAAGAAUGAGGGAGCAGAUGGUCUACACAACCUGGCUGAUGCUGAGAAUGAGCUGAUCCAGCAGAGCCAGUUGGUGAGAGCUCUCAUCUCAGAUGUGGAGCAUCGGUUACAGGGGUCAACGAUGGAGAUGCUGCAGGAUGUCAAUGGCAUUGUAAAAAGGAGUGAGACUUUGACUCUGAAGAAGCCAAAACAUUUUCCCAUGGAACAAAGGAAAGUAUCCCAAGCUUCUCAUCUGAUAGAGAAACUGCAAGUAUUUAAAGAGCUGACAGAGGUCCAAUGCUACUGGGUGGACGUUAUGCUGAAUCCAGUCAACACUAUUUCUGGUGUUGUCGUGUCUGCAGAUCAGAGACAAGCGAGAGUUGUGCACCCUUCUCCAUCAAGGAAUAUACAUCCAAGUUAUUAUUCUGCUUUUGAUGUCUUGGGCUGCCAAUGUUUCUCCUCAGGGAAAUAUUACUGGGAAGUAGAUGUGUCUGAGAAGUUUGCCUGGAUCCUGGGGGUAUGCAGUAAUGAAAGGAAGUUCAAUAGCCAUUGGAUCUUCGGGUUUGCUUUUGUCCCAAAAGUAAAUCCUCCAGAGAUAUACUCCAGAUACAGACCUCAAAAUGGCUACUGGGUUAUAGGGUUACAGAAUGAAUCUGAGUACAAGGCCUUUGAGGACUCUUUCACCUCUGACCCCCAUGUCUUGACUCUUUCCAUGGCUGUUGCUCCCCGUCGUGUUGGUGUUUUCCUAGACUAUGAAGCCUGCACAGUCUCAUUUUUCAAUGUCACAAACCAUGGGUCACUCAUCUAUAUAUUCUCUGAAUGUUGCUUUUCUUGCACUGUUUAUCCGUAUUUCAAUCCUUUGAACUGUCCAGGCUCCAUCACCCUGUGUCCACCGAGCUCCUGAACUUUCUUAAUCCCUCACCACUUCUGCUUAGUGCCCUUGACCUGCGGCUCAUCUCCUGCACCUGAGUUUAUUUGCACCAUCUGACUGCCUCUUCCUUUUUCCUCCCUCUUUUAUUUAGAACGUUUUUGUAUUUGUCUGCUGUAGCUGCCACAAUGAAGUACCACAGACUGGGUGACUUAUACAGUAGUAAUUGAUUGUCUCACAGUUCUGGAGGCUUAAAUUCCAAAAUCACCGUGUCAUCAGAGCUGAUUCUUACUGAGGGCUCUUCAGAAAGGAUCUGUUCCUGUUUUCUCUCUUUGGCUUGUAGAUGGCUGUCUUCUCCCUAUGUCUUUUCCCAUUAUCUUCUCACUAUGCAUGGCUCUGUGUCUAAAUUUCCCCUUUUUUGUGUGUGUGAGGAAGAUCAGCCCUGAGCUAACAUCUGAUGCCAAUCUUCCUCUUUUUUGCCGAGGUAGAUUGGCCUUGGGCUAACAUCUGUACUGAUCUUCCUCUACUUUAUAUGGGUCGCCACCACAGCAUGGCUUGACAAGCAGUGUGUUGGUGCAUGCCUGGGAUCCGAACCUGCGAAUCCCAGGCUGCUGAAGCAGAGCGUGAGCACUUAACAGUUGCACCACUGGGCCAGCCCUAAAUUUCCCCUUUUUAUAAGGACACUAGUCAUAUUGGAGUGGGACCCACCCUAAUGACAUCAUUUUAACUUAAUUACAUCUAUAAAUACCCUAUCUCCAAACAAGGUCACAUGAAGUAUUAGGGGUUAGGAGUACAACAUAUGAAAUUUAGGGGAACACAAUUCAACCCAUGACAGUCUUUUAUACUUCCUUACCAUACAGUGAAAGCUUAAAGCUUUUCUUUCUAGUAUCUUGUUUUCAUUAGGAGAUGCUAUUUUAUUUUUUGUAUUUGAGACGGAAACACAUCUAAUCCCUCCUGUAGAAAGAACAAUAUUGCUGUAACUCCUCUGACACUUCUUUUCUUCCUCAUUCCCUCUGCUGCUUAUUAGAACUAACAAAGUUGUCCACACUGUUCAUGUAUCUAGGACAGUGCACAGGAAUCUGUCCCUAAAUAGUGAAUCCUUCAGAGUGUGUUGCAUUAACAAUGGCACCCCAUAUUAUCACAGAGUUAAGCUGGAAAGUGUAUAAAUUAAGUAUUUAACAUAAGUAGAUUUUUGGUGCUCAGAGUUUCUAGGUCAAAUCUUGUCUCUUCCCUUAAAGGCUGUGUAACCUUGAACUAGUUACCAUCCCUUGGUCUCAUUUUCUUAAAAUAAAUAUUGAUGUUAAAGAUUGUACCUAAUGCCUAGGAUCACUUUUAGAAGCUAAAUUUUACUCAGUGUAAAGCACUUUAGAUGUAAGAAUAAAUAUUUGUUAUUACUGAAAAAUGUAAGCUAUGUCAAUGUCCCAAGAAACAGUCCAUUUUGGUUUGGUUUUGCUUCAAUUAAAUGUUAAUGGUUUUUA